GGCGCAGCUCGCCCGGGCGUCCUGCCAAGGGGUGGGGCUGCACGUUAAGCGGGGGGAGCUUCCGGCGCUGCUCGCCGCACGUUUCGUCAAGGGGUGGAGCCACACGUGAAGCGGCGGCGGAGGGUUGCCACGCUAGGAGCCACGCGGUCGGGAGUGAGGACGGUGAAGGUGGCCAAAGCUCAGCCAUGGCUCGAGGUCCCAAGAAGCAUCUGAAGCGAGUGGCAGCUCCAAAGCAUUGGAUGCUGGAUAAAUUGACCGGUGUGUUUGCUCCUCGACCAUCCACCGGUCCCCAUAAGCUGAGAGAAUGUCUGCCUCUCAUCAUCUUCCUAAGGAACAGACUCAAGUAUGCCCUGACAGGGGAUGAAGUAAAGAAGAUUUGCAUGCAGCGCUUCAUUAAGAUCGAUGGCAAAGUCCGAACUGAUAUAACCUACCCUGCUGGCUUUAUGGAUGUCAUCAGCAUUGACAAGACAGGAGAGCAUUUUCGUCUGAUCUAUGACACCAAGGGUCGCUUUGCUGUUCAUCGUAUUACACCUGAGGAAGCCAAGUACAAGUUGUGCAAAGUGAGGAAGAUCUUUGUGGGCACCAAAGGAAUCCCUCAUCUGGUGACCCACGAUGCUCGUACCAUUCGCUACCCUGACCCCCUCAUCAAGGUGAAUGAUACCAUCCAGAUUGAUUUGGCAUCUGGCAAGAUCACUGAUUUCAUCAAGUUCGACACUGGUAACCUGUGUAUGGUGACCGGAGGUGCUAACUUGGGAAGAAUUGGUGUGAUCACCAACAGAGAGAAGCAUCCUGGCUCUUUUGAUGUGGUUCACGUGAAAGAUGCCAACGGCAACAGCUUUGCCACCAGGCUUUCCAACAUUUUCGUCAUCGGCAAAGGCAACAAGCCGUGGAUUUCUCUUCCACGAGGAAAAGGAAUCCGCCUCACCAUUGCUGAAGAGAGAGAUAAGAGGCUGGCGGCCAAACAGAGCAGUGGGUGAAAUGGUUUCUAGAUGAUAUGUUGGUGAGGUCUCUGCUUAAUUAAAGAUAAUAGAGCAUGAUUUUAAAAA